AUGUUCUCGCUCCUGGCACGAGAAAAACUAUACGUCAACGAAGUCGUCCUAGGGACCGCUUUUGGCAUCUUCAUGGGCCCCCACUUUGCAGGUAUAUUCGACCCGCGGUCAUGGGGUGCCCACAGCAAUGCCAUCACCCUCGAAGUCAUGCGCGUGGUCCUCGCAACGGGCUUAUUCGCUAUCGGUGUGGAACUACCCAAGUCGUACAUGGCGAAACAUGCAAAGAGUUUGUUGGCGAUGGUUAUUCCGACGAUGGCGAUUGGGUGGGUUAUCGUUGCUGGGCUUUUGCGUGCCCUGUUUCCCAAGUUUGACUUUAUAUCUUGCCUUGCUAUCGCUGCUUGCUUGACGCCAACUGAUCCUAUCAUUUGUGCUGCCAUCGUCGGCGGAAACUUUGCGAGAAAACACGUCCCCAUCAACUUGCGCCAACUUCUCUCUGCAGAAUCAGCAGCCAACGACGGGUUGGCGUACCCCUUUUUGACCAUUGCGAUUUACCUUACUGUGGACGCUACUAGUCGUGAGGCGAUUGGACACUGGUUCCUCGUUGGGUGGUUAUACCAGGUUUUCUUGGGAGUAUUCAUCGGCGCUUUACUCGGCCUGGGAUUCUCCCACCUCAUGAAAUUCUCGCAUCGGCACGGGUUCAUAGAUAGAGAAUCUUACGUUGCGCAAUACCUCUCCCUAGCCAUCUUUAUCACCGGAAUCGUCAGUACCCUAGGUAGCGACGAGCUCCUAGCCGCCUUUGCCGCAGGAAGCGCGAUAUCAUGGGACGGCGACUUUAACGUCCACACCGAAGGCGAGCUCUUCGCCUCCGUCAUCGACCUCGUCCUCAACUGUGCAUGCUUCAUAUACAUUGGCGCUUGGCUCCCCUUUGAAGCGUUCAAUAUCCCGAUUUUGGGGAUUACCACGUGGAGAUUGCUCUUGCUGACGGUGGGGGUAUUGUUUUUGAGGAGGAUUCCGGCAAUGUUGGUGCUUUAUAGGUGGAUACCGGAGAUUACGAGUUGGCGGGAGGCGUUGUUUUCGGGACAUUUUGGGCCCAUGGGAGUCGGAGCUGUGUACAUCUCAACACUAGCCAUUCACAAACUAGCAACACCACAAAACCCACCGGAAACACAAGCUGACAAACUCGCUACGGCUUUACAUCCCAUCGUAUCGUUCGUCGUCUUGAGCUCCAUCAUCAUCCACGGCCUAUCCAUUCCAUUCUUCAGCGCAGGCCGGAACUUUUCGCGAAACGUCUCCCUCUCUCGUACACUGACCUACGGAGCGAGGGUUCCCGUACCCGAUUGGCUCUUGAACGUCAAUUGGGUGCCUGGUUCGGCUAAUGCGACGACAAUUCAGAGAGAUGAGGAGGCGGAUGAUCAGAUGACGGCUGUCGGGGUUCGGGUGGGGGAGCAUGUUGUCGUUGAUGUUAACCCGCACGCACACUUGCAUUCGCGUUCGGUGAGCGAGGAUAAGAAGACGAGUGGAAAUGUUACGCCGAAGAGGGAAGUUAGCUUUUUGGAGAUGGAGAAGGAGAGGGGGAAGCAAGGGGAUGAAGUGGUCCCUGCCGCUUCGACGUCUGCGCCUGUUCCGAGCCUCGUUCAGAUUCCGGAGGCUAGGGUGCAGAUGAAGGGUGUGCUGGUGGGCGAAGAUGCUGUAAUGCCUACUACGACGGCCGCACAAGGUCUCUCCAAGACGGCUGAACCCCUCCCUUCCAUGGUGACGUCUACCAGUCCGACUGCACAAGUCCCGUCUGCAAUGACUACACCAUCCACACUGGGAGAAAUGCAGCAGAACGUGGUGGCCGACCCGGUUCUCAAAGUUGUCAGGUUCCCUUCAGCUCAAUAA